CCUCUCCAGGAUUGGGAGACGGACACACCCAGUAGGGUUAGCUCUGCCUGUAUAGGAGCCCUGCCCUGCCUGAGCUGAUCACUUAGCUCUGCUAUCCCAGGCAGAACAGAGCCACUGGCUCCUGCACAUGUAGCGCCAGCUCAAGAGACCCAGCCUUGAGUCCACAUGCAAACAUUGUGCAGCGAAAGCCAGCAAAGUCUUACAGAACUGGUAACUAACUAACCAGUGUCAAGAUGGAGAAAGAAGAAGAAGACACAAGAGAGCUUUUGCUCCCCAACUGGCAGGGGAGUGGAUCCAUGGGCAUCACCUUGGAUAAGACUGAUGAUGGAGUGUUUGUAAAGCAGUUGGUACAGGAUUCCCCAGCUGCCAAAACUGGAGUUGUGAAAGAAGGUGACCAGAUUGUUGGUGCAACUGUAUACUUUGAUAGCAUGUCUUCAGAGGACAUUGAGAGACUUCUAACGAAUGUAGGGCAUCACACCGUGGGACUAAAACUCCAGAGGAAAGGAGAUCGCUCCCCACAGCCUGGUAUGACGUGGUCCCAUGAUGUCUUCAGUUUGAAAAGUCCCGAUGUUGUUCUGAGUGGGGAUGAUGAAGAGUACAGAAGAAUCUACACAAAGAAAAUUAAGCCACGUCUGAAGUCAGAGGAAUUUCUGGAACCAGAAACACAAACAAGGACAAUUACUGUCACCAGGAAGGUAACCGCUUACACAGUAGAUGUGACUGGUUCUAAAGGCACAAAGGAGAUUGAUAUUAGUAGCCCGGAGUACAAGAUUAAAAUUCCAAAGCAUGAGAUAACCGAGAUUUCCAAAACUAGCAUAGAGACAGAGCAGGGAAAAACUGUGAUCAAAAUUCCUAGUGCUGAUAUUUCUGGAAGAACUUUUGAGAUUGGAAAAGAGAUUAAUUUGGAAACAAAAGGUUCUGGAGUCUCAGUGACAGGAGGCACACAGAGCACUUCCAACUCUUCUGUUUACUCACAGGUUACAAAUGCGGGAACAUUUGGGUUUCAUGGAAUUAACAGUGAUGGUAACAUAAGUAUAAGCAGCAAAGACUCUCCAAGUUUUUCUGGACCAAAAUACCAGAGUUAUGAGCAGCACAUAGAUGUCAAAGGAUCAGUAUAUGAAGCUACCCAAAAGGAUCAAUUAAGAAGCCUGCAUGAUUCAGAAACCUCAUCCAUUGACAUACAGAUGAAAGGUUCCUUACUUAAAGGAGCUGAAGCUGACCGUGCAGGAAAAUCCACCAUAAACACUGAUUUUGCCAGCAUGGACAAAACCUUUGGGAUUUCUAAAGGUGGAUUUCAGUCAUCUACUAUCAUGCUAAAAGAAACACGGUUUGACAUGCAAAAACCAGGGGGGUUUACAGUGGAACAAUCUGACAUUGGUGUUAAAGUACCACAAACAGAUAUAAACCUCUCUGCUCAGAAAUCUAAAUCAGACAUUUCUUUAUCACCCGUAUAUAGGAGGGAGUUAUCAGGGGAUCAAAUGGUUAAAAGUUAUCCAGAAAGCUACAGAGGAAUUAGUGUGCAAAGCACUGAAAUCAAGAGUCAGAUGCCUUCCAUUAAAGUGCCAUUAAGCGUCUCAGGAAAGGAGGCGGCUGCUGGAGACACUGAUCUGAAACUUCAAGGACCAGCUACGGCCAUUAAUGUUGCAUCUCCUGAUAUCCAGGCAGCAACAUUACAGAUAGAUGGUAAGAUUCAAAGUGCUGGUAUUAAGCUAAAAGACUAUAACUUUGACAUAUCCAGCUUGUCAGCUGAAGCUCCUGAUGUGGCUGUUUUAAGUCCUAAAACUGAUGUUAAGGAUUUAAAAGGGGAAGUAAAGGGUAGUACUUUUAAAAUGUCCUCAAAAAAUGUAAAUUUACCCAAGGUGCCAAUGACUGAUGUCAAUUUGCAUUUGGAAGGUUCUAAAGCAAGAGAGAUUGACAUAUCUAUUCCUGUACUGGAAGGUGGUCUGAAAGGCCCUCAGAUAGAAACAGAAAGAUCAAAACUUGAUGUGGAGGUUCCAGAAUCAGUAGACCUGAAUCUAAAAGGUCCUGCAUUAAAAUGGAAUAUAGAUAGAUCUAUCACAACAAUAGAAGGUGGUAAAAAAGUUGUUGAAUUGGAAGGUGCAGAAGAAGAACUGAAAAUGCCAAAAUUUAAAAUGCCAAAGUUUGGGUUUUCUGGCCCAAAAGUGGAGGUUAAAGAUGUAGAUAUUAAACUUCGAGAAGGAGAAAUAGAUAUGCCUGAUAUAGACUUAAACCUUAAAUGUCCUAAACUGGACGGUGAUUUAAAAGCCCCCAAGGUUGACAUCAAGGCUCCAGGAGUUGAUUUUGAUGCUCCAGAUAUAAAUAUUGAUGGGAAAGUGAAAGGCCACAAAUUUAAGAUGCCUUCAAUGCCAAAAGUCUCCAUGCCUGAUCUAGGCUUAAAUGUAAAAGGUCCUAAAGUAGAAGGAGAGUUGAAAGCACCCACCAUAGAUAUGAAAGGGCCAGAGGUUGAUGUAGCAAUUCCAGAUGUUGAGCUGGAGGGGCCAGAAGGAAAACUGAAAAUGCCAAAAUUUAAAAUGCCUAAGUUUGGGGUUUCUGGUUCAAAAGUGGAGGGUAAAGAUAUAGAUAUUACACUUCCAGAAGGAGAAAUAGAUGUAUCAGGACCAAAGGUGGACAUCCGUGCCCCACAGUUAGACAUAGAAUGCCCAGAGGGAAAAGUGAAAGGUCCCACAUUUAAGAUGCCUUCACUGCAUAUGCCUGAUAUAGACUUAAACCUUAAAGGUCCUAAACUGGAAGGUGAUUUAAAAGCCACCAAGGUUGACAUCAAGGCUCCAGGAGUUGAUUUUGAGGCUCCAGAUAUAGAUAUUAAUGGAAAAGUGAAAGGCCACAAAUUUAAGAUGCCUUCAAUGCCAAAAGUCUCCAUGCCUGAUCUAGGCUUCAAUGUAAAAGGGCCUAAAGUAGAAGGAGAAUUGAAAGCACCCACCAUAGAUAUGAAAGGGCCAGAGGUUGAUGUAGCAAUUCCAGAUGUUGAGCUGGAGGGGCCAGAAGGAAAACUGAAAAUGCCAAAAUUUAAAAUGCCUACGUUUGGGGUUUCUGGUUCAAAAGUGGAGGGUAAAGAUAUAGAUAUUACACUUCCAGAAAGAGAAAUAGAUGUAUCAGGACCAAACGUGGACAUCAGUGCCCCACAGUUAGACAUAGAAUGCCCAGAGGGAAAAGUGAAAGGUCCCACAUUUAAGAUGCCUUCACUGCAUAUGCCUGAUAUAGACUUAAACCUUAAAGGUCCUAAACUGGAAGGUGAUUUAAAAGCCCCCAAGGUUGACAUCAAGGCUCCAGGAGUUGAUUUUGAGGCUCCAGAUAUAGGUAUUGAUGGAAAAGUGAAAGGCCACAAAUUUAAGAUGCCUUCAAUGCCAAAAGUCUCCAUGCCGGAUCUAGGCUUCAAUGUAAAAGGGCCUAAAGUAGAAGGAGAAUUGAAAGCACCCACCAUAGAUAUGAAAGGGCCAGAGGUUGAUGUAGCAAUUCCAGAUGUUGAGCUGGAGGGGCCAGAAGGAAAACUGAAAAUGCCAAAAUUUAAAAUGCCCAAGUUUGGGGUUUCUGGUUCAAAAGCGGAGGGUAAAGAUAUAGAUAUUACACUUCCAGAAGGACAAAUGUAUGUAUUGGGGCCAAAGGUAGACAUAAAUGCCGCAGAGUUAGACAUAGAAUGCCCAGAGGGAAAAGUAAAAGGUUCCAAAUUUAAGAUGCCUUCACUGCAUAUGCCCGAUAUAGACUUAAAUUUUAAAGGUCCUAAACUGGAAGGUGAUUUAAAAGGUCCCAAAGUUGACAUCAAGGCUCCAGAAGCUAAUCUUGAAGGUCCAGAUAUAGAUUUUGAUGGAAAGGUGAAAGGUCCCAAAUUUAAGAUGCCUUCAAUGCCAAAAGUCUCCAUGCCUGAUCUAGGCUUAAAUGUAAAAGGUCCUAAAGUAGGAGAAUUGAAAGCACCCACCAUAGAUAUGAAAGGGCCAGAGGUUGAUGUAGCAAUUCCAGAUGUUGAGCUGGAGGGGCCAGAAGGAAAACUGAAAAUGCCAAAAUUUAAAAUGCCUAAGUUUGGGUUUUCUGGCUCAAAAGGGGAGGAUAUAGAUAUUACACUUCCAGAAGGAGAAAUAGAUGUAUUAGGACCAAAGGUGGACAUCCGUGCCCCACAGUUAGACAUAGAAUGCCCAGAGGGAAAAGUGAAAGGUCCCACAUUUAAGAUGCCUUCACUGCAUAUGCCUGAUAUAGACUUAAACCUUAAAGGUCCUAAACUGGAAGGUGAUUUAAAAGGUCCCAAAGUUGACAUCAAGGCUCCAGAAGCUAAUCUUGAAGGUCCAGAUAUAGAUUUCGAUGGAAAGUUGAAAGGUCCCAAAUUUAAGAUGCCUUCUAUGCCCAAAGUCUCCAUGCCUGAUGUAGGCUUAAACUUAAAAGGGCCUAAAGUAGAAGGAGAGUUGAAAGGACCCAACAUUGAUAUGAAAGGGCCAGAGGUUGAUGUAACAAUUCCAGAUGUUGAGCUGGAGGGGCCAGAAGGAAAACUGAAAAUGCCAAAAUUUAAAAUGCCUAAGUUUGGGUUUUCUGGCCCAAAAGUGGAGGGUAAAGAUAUAGAUAUUACACUUCCAGAAGGACAAAUAGAUGUAUCGGGGCCAAAGGUAGACAUAAAUGCCGCAGAGUUAGACAUAGAAUGCCCAGAGGGAAAAGUAAAAGGUUCCAAAUUUAAGAUGCCUUCACUGCAUAUGCCUGAUAUAGACUUAAAUUUUAAAGGUCCUAAACUGGAAGGUGAUUUAAAAGGUCCCAAAGUUGACAUCAAGGCUCCAGAAGAUAAUCUUGAAGGUCCAGAUAUAGAUUUUGAUGGAAAGGUGAAAGGUCCCAAAUUUAAGAUGCCUUCAAUGCCAAAAGUCUCAAUGCCUGAUCUAGGCUUAAAUGUAAAAGGUCCUAAAGUAGAAGGAGAAUUGAAAGCACCCACCAUAGAUAUGAAAGGGCCAGAGGUUGAUGUAGCAAUUCCAGAUGUUGAGCUGGAGGGGCCAGAAGGAAAACUGAAAAUGCCGAGAUUUAAAAUGCCUCAGUUUGGGUUUUCUGGCUCAAAAGGGGAGGGUAAAGAUUUAGAUAUUACACUUCCAGAAGGAGAAAUAGAUGUAUUAGGGCCAAAGGUGGACAUCCGUGCCCCACAGUUAGACAUAGAAUGCCCAGAGGGAAAAGUGAAAGGUUCCAAAUUCAAAAUGCCUUCACUGCAUAUGCCUGAUAUAGACUUAAACCUUAAAGGUCCUAAGCUGGAAGGGGAUUUAAAAGCCCCCAAGGUUGACAUCAAGGCUCCAGGAGUUGGUUUUGAUGCUCCAGAUAUAGAUAUUGAUGGGAAAGUGAAAGGCCACAAAUUUAAGAUGCCUAAGUUUGGGUUAUCUGGCCCAAAAAUGGAGGGUAAAGAUAUAGAUAUUACACUUCCAGAAGGAAAAAUAGAUGUUUCAGGGCCAAAGGUAGACAUCCGUGCCCCACAGUUAGACAUAGAAUGCCCAGAGGGAAAAGUGAAAGGUCCCAAAUUUAAGAUGCCUUCACUGCAUAUGCCUGAUAUAGACUUAAACCUUAAAGGUCCUAAACUGGAAGGUGAUUUAAAAGGUCCCAAAGUUGACAUUAAGGCUCCAGAAGCUAAUCUUGAAGGUACAGAUAUAGAUUUUGAUGGAAAGGUGAAAGGUCCCAAAUUUAAGAUGCCUUCUAUGCCCAAAGUCUCCAUGCCUGAUGUAGGCUUAAACUUAAAAGGGCCUAAAGUAGAAGGAGAGUUGAAAGGACCCAACAUUGAUAUGAAAGGGCCAGAGGUUGAUGUAACAAUUCCAGAUGUUGAGCUGGAGGGGCCAGAAGGAAAACUGAAAAUGCCAAAAUUUAAAAUGCCUAAGUUUGGGUUUUCUGGCCCAAAAGUGGAGGGUAGAGAUGUAGAUAUUACACUUCCAGAAGGACAAAUAGAUGUAUCGGGGCCAAAGGUAGACAUCAAUGCCCCAGAGUUAGACAUAGAAUGCCCAGAGGGAAAGGUAAAAGGUUCCAAAUUUAAGAUGCCUUCACUGCAUAUGCCUGAUAUAGACUUAAAUUUUAAAGGUCCUAAACUGGAAGGUGAUUUAAAAGGUCCCAAAGUUGACAUUAAGGCUCCAGAAGCUAAUCUUGAAGGUCCAGAUAUAGAUUUUGAUGGAAAGGUGAAAGGUCCCAAAUUUAAGAUGCCUUCUAUGCCCAAAGUCUCCAUGCCUGAUGUAGGCUUAAACUUAAAAGGGCCUAAAGUAGAAGGAGAGUUGAAAGGACCCAACAUUGAUAUGAAAGGGCCAGAGGUUGAUGUAACAAUUCCAGAUGUUGAGCUGGAGGGGCCAGAAGGAAAAUGGAAAAUGCCAAAAUUUAAAAUGCCUAAGUUUGGGUUUUCUGGCCCAAAAGUGGAGGGUAGAGAUGUAGAUAUUACACUUCCAGAAGGACAAAUAGAUGUAUCGGGGCCAAAGGUAGACAUCAAUGCCCCAGAGUUAGACAUAGAAUGCCCAGAGGGAAAGGUAAAAGGUUCCAAAUUUAAGAUGCCUUCACUGCAUAUGCCUGAUAUAGACUUAAAUUUUAAAGGUCCUAAACUGGAAGGUGAUUUAAAAGGUCCCAAAGUUGACAUUAAGGCUCCAGAAGCUAAUCUUGAAGGUCCAGAUAUAGAUUUUGAUGGAAAGGUGAAAGGUCCCAAAUUUAAGAUGCCUUCUAUGCCCAAAGUCUCCAUGCCUGAUGUAGGCUUAAACUUAAAAGGGCCUAAAGUAGAAGGAGAGUUGAAAGGACCCAACAUUGAUAUGAAAGGGCCAGAGGUUGAUGUAACAAUUCCAGAUGUUGAGCUGGAGGGGCCAGAAGGAAAACUGAAAAUGCCAAAAUUUAAAAUGCCUAAGUUUGGGUUUUCUGGCCCAAAAGUGGAGGGUAGAGAUGUAGAUAUUACACUUCCAGAAGGACAAAUAGAUGUAUCGGGGCCAAAGGUAGACAUCAGCCCAGAGUUAGACAUAGAAUGCCCAGAGGGAAAGGUAAAAGGUUCCAAAUUUAAGAUGCCUUCACUGCAUAUGCCUGAUAUAGACUUAAAUUUUAAAGGUCCUAAACUGGAAGGUGAUUUAAAAGGUCCCAAAGUUGACAUUAAGGCUCCAGAAGCUAAUCUUGAAGGUCCAGAUAUAGAUUUUGAUGGAAAGGUGAAAGGUCCCAAAUUUAAGAUGCCUGCUAUGCCCAAAGUCUCCAUGCCUGAUGUAGGCUUAAACUUAAAAGGGCCUAAAGUAGAAGGAGAGUUGAAAGGACCCAACAUUGAUAUGAAAGGGCCAGAGGUUGAUGUAACAAUUCCAGAUGUUGAGCUGGAGGGGCCAGAAGGAAAACUGAAAAUGCCAAAAUUUAAAAUGCCUAAGUUUGGGUUUUCUGGCCCAAAAGUGGAGGGUAAAGAUGUAGAUAUUACACUUCCAGAAGGACAAAUAGAUGUAUUGGGGCCAAAGGUAGACAUAAAUGCCCCAGAGUUAGACAUAGAAUGCCCAGAGGGUAAAAUAAAAGGUUCCAAAUUUAAGAUGCCUUCACUGCAUAUGCCUGAUAUAGACUUAAAUUUUAAAGGUCCUAAACUGGAAGGUGAUUUAAAAGGUCCCAAAGUUGACAUCAAGGUUCCAGAAGCUAAUCUUGAAGGUCCAGAUAUUGAUUUUGAUGGAAAGGUGAAAGGUCCCAAAUUUAAGAUGCCUUCUAUGCCCAAAGUCUCCAUGCCUGAUGUAGGCUUAAACUUAAAAGGGCCUAAAGUAGAAGGAGAGUUGAAAGGACCCAACAUUGAUAUGAAAGGGCCAGAGGUUGAUGUAACAAUUCCAGAUGUUGAGCUGGAGGGGCCAGAAGGAAAACUGAAAAUGCCAAAAUUUAAAAUGCCUAAGUUUGGGUUUUCUGGCCCAAAAGUGGAGGGUAAAGAUGUAGAUAUUACACUUCCAGAAGGGGAAAUAGAAGUAUCAGGGCCAAAGGUAGACAUCAGUGCCCCAGACUUAGACAUAGAAUGCCCAGAGGGUAAAAUAAAAGGUUCCAAAUUUAAGAUGCCUUCACUGCAUAUGCCUGAUAUAGACUUAAAUCUGAAAGGUCCUAAACUGGAAGGUGAUUUAAAAGGUCCCAAAGUUGACAUCAAGGUUCCAGAAGCUAAUCUUGAAGGUCCAGAUAUAGAUUUUGAUGGAAAGAUGAAAGGUCCCAAAUUUAAGAUGCCUUCUAUGCCCAAAGUCUCCAUGCCUGAUCUUGGCCUAAAUGUUAAAGGACCUAAAGUAGAGGGAGAAUUAAAAGGUCCCAACAUUGAUAUGAAAGGGCUAGAGGUUGAUGUAGCAAUUCCAGAUGUUGAGUUGGAGGGACCUGAAGGAAAACUGAAAAUGCCAAAAUUUAAAAUGCCUAAGAUUGGGUUUUCUGGCCCAAAAAUGGAGGGUAAAGAUGUAGAUUUUACACUUCCAGAAAGAGAAAUAGAAUUAUCAGGGCCAAAGGUAGACAUCAGUGCCCCUCAAUUAGACAUAGAAUGCCCAGAGGGAAAAGUGAAAGGUCCCAAAUUUAAGAUGCCUUCACUGCAUAUGCCUGAUUUAGACUUAAAUCUUAAAGGUCCUAAAUUGGAAGGUGAUUUAAAAGGUCCCAAAGUUGACAUCAAGGCUCCAGAUGUUAAUUUUGAGGCUCCAGAUUUAGAGAUGGAAGGUAAAGUGAAAGGCCACAAAUUUAAGAUGCCUUCUAUGCCCAAAGUCUCGAUGCCUGAUCUAGGCUUAAAUGUAAAAGGGCCUAAAUUAGAAGGAGAAUUGAAAGGACCCAACAUUGGUAUGAAAGGGCUAGCGGUUGAUGCUGAAAUUCCAGGUGUUGAGCUGGAGGGUCCAGAAGGUAAUAUAAAAAGUCCUAAAUUUAACAUGCCAUCAGUGAAUGUUAAUUUACCUAAAGUACCAGAUGUUGAUUUUAAUAUAAAAUCCCCAAAGUGGAAGGGAGGAGUAGAUGUUUCAGGAUCUAAAUUGGAAGGAGAUGUGAAGGGGCCAGACUUUGAGGUAAAAAGUCCAGAAAUUGAUAUUGAUGUUCCAGAUUUAGAUAUAGGUGGUCCAGAUGCAAAAGUUAAAGUAAAAAAGUCUAGAUUCCAUUUGCCAAAGUUUGGUUUCUCUAGCUCCAAGGCUGAAGUCCCAGACAUAGAUGUUAAACUUCCAAAAACUAACCUCAAUGUUUCAGGUCCCAAAGUCAACAUCGAACCACCGAACCUUGAUAUUGAGGGUCCAGAAGGAAAAGUCAAGGGGCCCAAAUUUAAAAUGCCUUCAAUGCCAAAAAUGUCUAUGCCUGAUGUUGAUCUAAAUAUUAAAAGUCCCAAGUGGAAAGGGACAGAUCUAUCAGGAUCCAAAUUUGAAGGAGAGUUUAAGGUUCCUGAAACUAAUAUUAAAGGACCAAAGGUUGAGCUUGACUCGCCUACUUUGGAUAUAGAAAGUCCGGAAGGAAAGGGGAAGCUGAAAAUGCCAAAAUUUAAAAUGCCCAAGUUUGGGUUUUCUGGCCCAAAAGUGGAGGGUAAAGAUAUAGAUAUUACACUUCCAGAAGGACAAAUAGAUGUAUCAGGGCCAAAGGUAGACAUAAAUGCCCCAGUCUUAGACAUAGAAUGCCCAGAGGGAAAAGUAAAAGGUUCCAAAUUUAAGAUGCCUUCACUGCAUAUGCCCGAUAUAGACUUAAAUCUUAAAGGUCCUAAACUGGAAGGUGAUUUAAAAGGUCCCAAAGUUGACAUCAAGGCUCCAGAAGCUAAUCUUGAAGGUCCAGAUAUGGAUUUUGAUGGAAAGGUGAAAGGUCCCAAAUUUAAGAUGCCUUCAAUGCCAAAAGUCUCAAUGCCUGAUCUAGGCUUAAAUGUAAAAGGUCCUAAAGUAGAAGGAGAAUUGAAAGCACCCACUAUAGAUAUGAAAGGGCCAGAGGUUGAUGUAGCAAUUCCGGAUGUCGAGCUGGAGGGACCAGAAGGAAAACUGAAAAUGCCAAAAUUUAAAAUGCCUAAGUUUGGGUUUUCUGGACCAAAAGUAGAGGGUAAAGAUAUAGAUAUUACACUUCCAGAAGGAGAAAUAGAUGUAUCGGGGCCAAAGGUAGACAUAAAUGCCCCAGAUUUAGACAUAGAAUGCCCAGAGGGAAAAGUCAAAGGUCCUAAAUUUAAGAUGCCUUCACUGCAUAUGCCUGAUAUAGACUUAAAUCUGAAAGGUCCUAAACUGGAAGGUGAUUUAAAAGGUCCCAAAGUUGAUAUCAAGGCUCCAGAUGUUAAUAUUGAAGCUCCAGAUAUAGAUAUUGAUGGGAAAGUGAAAGGCCACAAAUUCAAGAUGCCUUCUCUCCAUAUGCCUGAUAUAGACUUAAAUCUGAAAGGUCCUAAACUGGAAGGUGAUUUAAAAGGUCCCAAAGUUGAUAUCAAGGCUCCAGAUGUUAAUAUUGAAGCUCCAGAUAUAGAUAUUGAUGGAAAGGUGAAAGGCCACAAAUUUAAGAUGCCUUCUCUCCAUAUGCCUGAUAUAGACUUCAAUCUGAAAGGUCCUAAACUGGAAGGUGAUUUAAAAGGUCCCAAAGUUGAUAUCAAGGCUCCAGAUGUUAAUAUUGAGGCUCCAGAUAUAGAUAUUGACGGAAAGGUGAAAGGUCCCAAAUUUAAGAUGCCUUCUAUGCCCAAAGUCUCCAUGCCUGAUCUAGGCUUAAAUGUAAAAGGGCCUAAAGUACAAGGAGAGUUCAAAGAACCCAGCAUUGAUAUGAAAGGGCCGGAGGUUGAUGUAGCAAUUCCAGAUGUUGAGCUGGAGGGGCCAGAAGGAAAACUGAAAAUGCCAAAAUUUAAAAUGCCCAAGUUUGGGUUUUCUGGCCCAAAAAUGCAUGGUAAGGAUAUAGAUAUUACACUUCCAGAAGGAGAUUUGGAUGUAUCAGGGCCAAAGGUAGACAUCAAUGCCCCAGAGAUAGACAUAGAAUGCCCAGAGGGAAAAGUGAAAGGUCCCAAAUUUAAGAUGCCUUCACUGCAUAUGCCUGAUAUAGACUUAAAUCUGAAAGGUCCUAAACUGGAAGGUGAUUUAAAAGGUCCCAAAGUUGAUAUCAAGGCUCCAGAUGUUAAUAUUGAAGCUCCAGAUAUAGAUAUUGAUGGAAAGGUGAAAGGCCACAAAUUUAAGAUGCCUUCUCUCCAUAUGCCUGAUAUAGACUUCAAUCUGAAAGGUCCUAAACUGGAAGGUGAUUUAAAAGGUCCCAAAGUUGAUAUCAAGGCUCCAGAUGUUAAUGUUGAGGCUCCAGAUAUAGAUAUUGACGGAAAGGUGAAAGGUCCCAAAUUUAAGAUGCCUUCUAUGCCCAAAGUCUCCAUGCCUGAUCUAGGCUUAAAUGUAAAAGGGCCUAAAGUAGAAGGAGAGUUCAAAGAACCCAGCAUUGAUAUGAAAGGGCCAGAGGUUGAUGUAGCAAUUCCAGAUGUUGAGCUGGAGGGGCCAGAAGGAAAACUGAAAAUGCCAAAAUUUAAAAUGCCCAAGUUUGGGUUUUCUGGCCCAAAAAUGCAUGGUAAGGAUAUAGAUAUUACACUUCCAGAAGGAGAUUUGGAUGUAUCAGGGCCAAAGGUAGACAUCAAUGCCCCAGAGAUAGACAUAGAAUGCCCAGAGGGAAAAGUGAAAGGUCCCAAAUUUAAGAUGCCUUCACUGCAUAUGCCUGAUAUAGACUUAAACCUUAAAGGUCCUAAACUGGAAGGUGAUUUAAAAGCACACAAUGUUGACAUCAAGGCUCCUAGAGUUGAUUUUGAGGCUCCAGAUAUAGAUAUUGAUGGGAAAGUGAAAGGCCACAAAUUCAAGAUGCCUUCUCUCCAUAUGCCUGAUAUAGACUUCAAUCUGAAAGGUCCUAAACUGGAAGGUGAUUUAAAAGGUCCCAAAGUUGAUAUCAAGGCUCCAGAUGUUAAUAUUGAGGCUCCAGAUAUAGAUAUUGAUGGAAAGGUGAAAGGUCCCAAAUUUAAGAUGCCUUCUAUGCCCAAAGUCUCCAUGCCUGAUCUAGGCUUAAAUGUAAAAGGGCCUAAAGUAGAAGGAGAGUUCAAAGAACCCAGCGUUGAUAUGAAAGGGCCAGAGGUUGAUGUAGCAAUUCCAGAUAUUGAGCUGGAGGGGCCAGAAGGAAAACUGAAAAUGCCAAAAUUUAAAAUGCCCAAGUUUGGGUUUUCUGGCCCAAAAAUGCAUGGUAAGGAUAUAGAUUUUACACUUCCAGAAGGCGAUUUGGAUGUAUCAGGGCCAAAGGUAGACAUCAAUGCCCCAGAGAUAGACAUAGAAUGCCCAGAGGGAAAAGUGAAAGGUCCCAAAUUUAAGAUGCCUUCACUGCAUAUGCCUGAUAUAGACUUAAACCUUAAAGGUCCUAAACUGGAAGGUGAUUUAAAAACACACAAGGUUGACAUCAAGGCUCCUGGAGUUGAUUUUGAGGCUCCAGAUAUAGAUAUUGAUGGGAAAGUGAAGGGCCACAAAUUUAAGAUGCCUUCUCUGCAUAUGCCUGAUAUAGACUUAAAUCUGAAAGGUCCUAAACUGGAAGGUGAUUUAAAAGGUCCCAAAGUUGAUAUCAAAGCUCCAGAUGUUAAUAUUGAAGCUCCAGAUAUAGAUAUUGAUGGAAAGGUGAAAGGUCCCAAAUUUAAGAUGCCUUCUAUGCCCAAAGUCUCUAUGCCUGAUCUAGGCUUAAAUGUUAAAGGGCCUAAAGUACAAGGAGAAUUGAUAGGACCCAGCACUGAUAUGAAAGGGCCAGAGUUUGAUGUAGCAAUUCCAGAUAUUGAGUUAGAGGGGCCAGAAGGAAAACUAAAAAUGCCAAAAUUUAAAAUGCCUAAGUUUGGGUUUUCUGGCCCAAAAGUAGAGGGUAAAGAUAUAGAUAUUACACUUCCAGAAGGAGAAAUAGAUAUUUCAGGGCCAAAGGUAGACAUCAAUGCCCCAGACUUAGACAUAGAAUGGCCAGAAGGAAAAGUGAAAGGUUCCAAAUUUAAGAUGCCUUCACUGCAUAUGCCUGAUAUAGACUUCAAUCUUAAAGGUCCUAAACUGGAAGGUGAUUUAAAAGGUCCCAAAGUUGACAUCAAGGCUCCAGAAGUUAAUCUUGAACCACCAGAUAUAGAUAUCGAUGGAAAGGUGAAAGGUCCCAAAUUUAAGAUGCCUUCUAUGCCCAAAGUCUCCAUGCCUGAUCUGGGCUUAAAUGUAAAAGGGCCUAAAGUAGAAGGAGACUUUAAAGGGCCAGAAGUUGAUGUAGCAAUUCCAGAUGUUGAACUGGAGGGGCCUGAAGGAAAACUUAAAAUGCCAAAAUUUAAAGUGCCUACAUUUGGGUUUUCUAGCCCGAAAUUGGAUGGAAAAGAUUUAGAUAUUACAUUUCCAGAAGGAGAUCUAGAUGUAUCAGGGCCAAAGGUGGACUUCAAUGCUCCAGAGGUAGACCUAGAAUGCCCAGAGGGAAAAGUGAAAGGUCCCAAAUUAAAGAUGCCCUCAAUUAAUGUAAAUUUCCCAAAAGUAUCUGUUCCUGAUAUUGAUCUUAAUGUAAAAGGACCAAAACUUAAGGGCGAUAUAGAGAUGCCAAAGGGUAAUUUGGAAGCUGGCCUGAAAUCUCCUAAAGUUGAAAUUGAUGAUCUUGAGAUUAAGGGCCCAAGUUUGUCUGUUGAAGUUCCAGAAGCAAAAGUCAAGGGCCCAAAAUUUAAAUUGCCCUCUUGGGGAUUUUCUAAGCCUAAUGUUUCUAGCACAGAAAUUGACAUGAAAGGACCCAAGAUCAAAAGUGAUGUUGACCUUUCAGUUUCUAAAGGAGGUAGUCUUAAAGGCCCCGCUUUGACAAUUAAUGACCCUAAUAUAGACCUUGAAGUUCCUGAGGGUAAAGUCAAAAAAUCCAAAUUCAAACUGCCUAAAUUUAAUUUUUCAAGUCCCAAAGCGCAAGUACCAACAGCAGAUGUAAAGCUUCCAAACACAGAUUUAGAAGUUACUUCUCCAAAAUUCAAAAUGCCAUCAUUAACUAUUAAAAGCCCCAAAGUAUCCAUGCCAGAUGUUGAAUUAAACUUGAAAGGCCCAAAGAUUAAAGGAGACAUGGAUGUCACCGUUCCAAAAAUUGAAGGUGAUCUAAAAGAUCCCAAAAUUGAUAUUCAUUGCCCAGAAGUUGAUCUUAAGACCCCAGAUGUUGACAUUCAUGGGAAAGUGAAAGGCCCGAAAUUUAAGAUGCCUUCAGUGAAUCCGCCAAAAGUCUCCAUGCCUGAAACAGACUUAAAUCUAAAAGGUCUUAAAGUAGAGGGAGAAUUGAAAGGACCCAAAAUUGAUAUGAAAGGGACAGAGGUUGAUGUAGCAAUUCCAGAUGUUGAGCUUGAGGGGCCAGAAGGAAAACUGAAAAUGCCAAAAUUUAAAAUGCCAAAGUUUGGGUUUUCUGGCCCAAAAGUAGAUGGUAAAGAUAUAGAUAUUACACUUCCAGGAGGAGAAAUAGAUGUUUCAGGGCCAAAGGUAGACCUCAAUGCCCCAGAUUUAGACAUAGAAUGCCCAGAGGGAAAAGUGAAAGGCCACAAAUUUAAGAUGCCGUCUCUCCAUAUGCCUGAUAUAGAUUUAAAUCUGAAAGGUCCUAAACUGGAAGGUGAUUUAAAAGGUCCCAAAGUUGAUAUCAAGGCUCCAGAUGUUAAUAUUGAGGCUACAGAUAUUGAUUUCGAUGGUAAGGUGAAAGGUUCCAAAUUUAAGAUGCCUUCACUGCAUAUGCCUGAUCUAGACUUAAAUCUGAAAGGUCCUAAACUGGAAGGUGAUUUAAAAGGUCCCAAAGUUGAUAUCAAAGCUCCAGACUUUAAUCUUGAGGCUACAGAUAUUGAUUUUGAUGGAAAGGUGAAAGGUUCCAAAUUUAAGAUGCCUUCACUGCAUAUGCCUGAUAUCGACUUAAAUCUGAAAGGUCCUAAACUGGAAGGUGAUUUAAAAGGUCCCAAAGUUGAUAUCAAAGCUCCAGACUUUAAUCUUGAGGCUACAGAUAUUGAUUUCGAUGGAAAGGUGAAAGGUCCCAAAUUUAAGAUGCCUUCUAUGCCCAAAGUCUCCAUGCCUGAUGUAGGCUUAAACUUAAAAGGGCCUAAAGUAGAAGGAGAGUUGAAAGGACCCAACAUUGAUAUGAAAGGGCCAGAGGUUGAUGUAACAAUUCCAGAUGUUGAGCUGGAGGGGCCAGAAGGAAAAAUGAAAAUGCCAAAAUUUAAAAUGCCUAAGUUUGGGUUUUCUGGUCCAAAAGUGGAGGGUAAAGAUAUAGAUAUUACACUUCCAGAAGGAGAAAUAGAUAUAUCAGGGCCAAAGGUAGACAUCAAUACCCCUCAAUUAGACAUAGAAUGCCCAGAGGGAAAAGUGAAAGGUCCUAAAUAUAAGAUGCCUUCACUGCAUAUGCCUGAUAUAGACUUAAAUCUGAAAGGUCCUAAACUGGAAGGUGAUUUAAAAGGUCCCAAAGUUGAUAUCAAAGCUCCAGACUUUAAUCUUGAGGCUACAGAUAUUGAUUUCGAUGGAAAGGUGAAAGGUCCAAAAUUUAAGAUGCCUUCUAUGCCCAAAGUCUCCAUGCCUGAACUAGGCUUAAAUGUAACAGGACCUAAAGUAGAAGGAGAAUUGAAAGGACCCAACAUUGAUAUGAAAGGGACAGAAUUUGAUGUAGCAUUUCCAGAUGCUGAGCUGGAGGGGCCAGAAGGAAAACUGAAAAUGCCAAAAUUUCAAAUGCCUAAGUUUGGGUUUUCCGGCCCAAAAGUGAAGGGUAAAGAUGUAGAUAUUACAGUUCCAGAAGGAGAAAUAGAUGCAUCAGGGCCGAAGGUAGACAUCAGUGCCCCUCAAUUAGACAUAAAAUGCCCAGAGGGAAAAGUGAAAGGUCCCGCAUUUAAGAUGCCUUCACUGCAUAUGCCUGAUAUAGACUUAAAUCUGAAAGGUCCUAAACUGGAAGGUGAUUUAAAAGGUCCCAAGGUUGAUAUCAAAGCUCCAGAAUAUAAUCUUGAGGCUACAGAUAUAGAUUUUGAUGGAAAGGUGAAAGGUCCCAAAUUUAAGAUGCCUUCUAUGCCCAAAGUCUCAAUGCCUGAUCUAGGCUUAAAUGUAAAAGGGCCUAAUGUAGAGGGAAAAUUGGAAAGACCCGACAUUGAUAUGAAAGCGCCAGAGGUUAAUAUAGAUAUUCCAGAGGUUGAGUUGGAGGGACCAGAAGGAAAACUGAAAAUGCCAACAUUUAAAAUGCCCAAGUUUGGGUUUUCUAGCCCAAAAGUGGAGGGUAAAGAUAUAGAUUUUACACUUCCAGAAGGAGAAAUGGAUCUAUCAGGGGCAAAGGUAGACAUCAAUGCCCCAGAGUUAGACAUAGAAUGUCCAGAGGGAAAAGUGAAAGGUCCCAAAUUUAAGACGCCUUCACUGCAUAUGCCUGAUUUGGGCUUUAAUCUUAAAGGACCUAAAUUGGAAGGUGAUUUAAAAGGCCCCAAAGUUGACAUCAAGGCUCUAGAAGUUAAUCUUGAAGCUCCAGACGUAGGUGUUGAUGGAAAGGUGAAAGGUCCCAAGUUUAAGAUGCCCAAAAUCUCCACGCAAGAUAUAGACUUAAAUUUGAAAGGUCCUAAACUAGAAGGAGAUCUGAAAGUCCCCACAAUAGAUAUGAACCUACCAGAGAUUGAUGCUAAAAUGUCAGGCAUUUCUCUAGAAGGUCCAGAAGGAAAAUUAAAGAAACCAAAAUUUGGUUUUGGGUCGAAAUCCCCUAAAUCAGAUAUUAAUGUACCUUCAGUAGAUAUCAGCAUACCUGAGGUUGAAGUUAAUGCAGAAAUGCCUGAAAUUGGUGUUGCAGGGAAGGGCAAGAAAGGCAAGUUAAAAAUGCCUAAAAUACACAUGAGUGGACCAAAAAUCAAAGGCAAGAAAGGUGGGUUUGAUGUAAACACUCCAGAAUUAGAUAGUGAGGUAUCAAUGAAGACCCCCGAUGCUGACAUAGACAUUUCAGGGGGCGAUGCAACCAUAAAAUCAGAUUUUAGCAUAAAGGCAACUAAAACUCGCAAACCCCUCUUUGGAAAAAUUCAUUUCCCUGAUGUUGAAUUUGACAUAAAAUCCUCAAAACUUAAGGGAGAUGCAUCCCUUCCAAGUCCUAAAGCAGCCACUGGGACAUUUGAUUUGGGCAUUGGAGGUGGGAUUAAUACACAGGCAGAGUUAUCUUCUACAGGUUUAGAUAUUGAGGGCCUUGAUGUAAAGGGUAAGAAAUCCAAAAUCAAACUUCCGGCUUUCAGUAUGUCUGGGGCAAAAUUAGAAUCUGACCUUGAUAUUUCUUCUUCAAAGGACAGCAUUAACAUAUCAGGAAUAAAACUUGAAGGAGAUCUUAAAACUCCUAGUACUAAUGUCAAUUUAGGCACACUAGAUGCAGACCUCUCUAUGAAUCUGGAAGGCCCAAAAAUUGAAAUGCCAUCACUUUGUAGUUUGGAUCCAAAAGUUUCUGUCCCUGAGUCUGAUUUAAAUAUGGCAAAACCAAAGAUUUUAGGUGUAACUAGUGGCUUUACAGAUGCUAGAGAAAUUAAUUUGAGAGGGCAAGGCCUGAGCUUGAAAGGAAAUUUGACAGGGCAGUUUAAAGAAACCGAAAGCAUGCAUGUUGAAGGGGCAAAAGUAGGAAGCCUUGUGCAGGCUGGUGCAGAUGAUAUGUUUAUUGCAAGUGGAACAGCUACUGAUACACAAAGCUCAGCAGUUAAAGUUACAUUUCCCCGACUCUUAAUGCCAAGGUUUACAGGACCUGAACACUUUGGGAGGGAAAUGGGAGUCGAUGUAGACUUUCCUAAAGUAGAAACUACAAAUUUAGGUCAGGCAGAUCUUGAACUAGAAGAGAGUGACAUAAAAAUUAAAAAGUCCAGGAUAAAAAUGCCAAAAUUUAACUUUUCAAAAGGAAAGGGUAAAGGUGAAUAUAGUCUCCCAGGUGUCUCGGGGUCUGGGUCAAAGGGUGAUCUAAAGAGUUCAAAAGCCAGUCUGGGCUCAGCUGAAGGUGUACAUGGCUCUGCAAGUGUAGAGGUAGAAAGUGGAAAAGGCAUCUCACUUAGGGAGAAGUCACCGAAAUAUGAAUUUUCUUUAUUUACAAGCAAAAAGCCAAGACAUAGGUCUUCCUCCAUGAGUGAAGAUGUAGAGGGAUCUUCACCAAGUGGUACAAUGGAGCUUGACAGUGGUGGUGUGUCUCUGGAAGGUGGAAAGAAAAAGAGUAAACAUUCAAAGAUCAAAUUUGGCACCUUUGGAGGUUUGGGUUCAAAAUCAAAGGGUUCUUAUGAGGUCACAUUGAGUGAUGAUGAAAACAUUCAGGGGAGUGGGGCAUCUCUCUCUUCGCGUAAAUCUAGGGUUUCCUCUUCCUCAAGCAAUGACAGUGGCACCAAAGCAGGUGUGAAAUUGCCAAAGGUUGAAUUAACUGUUGCAAAAAAGAAAGAGUAAAAAUGUUUAUUUCCUACUAAAAUCAUGUAUAUAAAUAUAUAUAUCUGUGUGUUUGUACAUACAUUUUUGAAUCCUUUAUAUAAUGCUAAACUUCUUGAAUAACAGUAGAUUACAUUUUUAGAGCUCAGAAAAUAAAAAAGAAAAUAGAAUUAUCAGCUCUCUAAUGAAUUCCAUACACACUCUAAAUAAAGCUUUGCCUGCCAAAGAUGCUUCUGCUUUUGAGUCUCUGGCAGGUGAGACCGUUGAUUAUCUAUUUUGUUAUAACAAGUUUGUACAUGGAAAUAUAUUUUUCCAUAUUUUUUUAACUUGCUUUUAAAGCUUUAUUUUCUUUGGGGGCCUAUACAGAUUACAUCAAAUAUGAUUUAUUGAAAACACUGUAUAUUUGAACGAGCCACUGGGAAAGAAUCAAACCAUGAUUUAAAGCAGCAGUAUUAACUGUUGUUGCAGACAUGAAUAACAAACCUAAUUUGCCUUUUAAAACAAUUGAUUGAAUUUGUAUCCUGGUUUAGCUUAUUUUUAGACCUACAGGAAUUUUAGCUGGCGACUAUUAUAAAACAUACAAACAUGAACAUGAUUUUUCUUCAAUGGUCUCAGAACAUUAAUGCUGCUUUAAAUCUGUCCACUGAGAAGAUUGUACUUAGGUUAAUGGCACAUGGCUCAUAUUCAUCGAAAACAAGCUGUGUAUGAUAUAUGCUUCUGCUGUCAGGCAAGGAAUGUUUUGUAAUGCCAACGCGAUUCUCUACAGUGCCAGUAUUUGCAGUUGGCAGUUUAACAUUUACAUUAAUACAAAUCAGCAGAAGAGGCUUAUUGAUGGGCAUUGGUCCAUUAACCUAAGGUUUACACAUUUUUGGGAGACCUCUCAUUUAUAAACACUAGACAAAUUUGCACCUGGGAAGUAACCCAUAGCAACCAAUCGAUGAUUCGAUUUUAUAAGCCAGCUGCAGGAAGAACAAAGAAACAAACUUCUGAUUGGUUGCUAUAAGUUACUGCACAUUUGCUCUGUAUAUAAAUGGCUGCCAGAAUGAUGUAUUUCAGUGCUAAAGCUCAUAAUUAAAUAUUUUCAACUUAACCCUUUCCCAGUCUGGUUCAAUUUAUUUGUAAUAUAAGAGUUUUGUCAUCAACUAUCUCAACUACCGCUUGUUUUUCAUUUUUGGGGGGGUGGUGAGAAGUAACCUAGCUUACAUUUCUGUUAAUAAAACAAAAAACGUAUGGGGGAAAAACAUUUUAACUUCAAAAAUCUGUAAGCACUUUAAUGUCCAAUGCAUUAUGAAGUGUGAAGCGGUGGAUUGUUUCUGAGCAAAAUAAAGCUUCUGAACCUUA